GGUCCACGAAGUUAAAGUCGCGAGCAGGAGAAAAUUGCAUGCAGUCCAGAACGGGAGAAUGGUUCAAGACAUUUUGCGGAAAUAAACAACAUUCUGCGUGUAAUCAGACACAAACACCAAUCAACAGAAGCAAUUGAAAUAUUUGAAUGGGAUUAUCUUUCUUCUGCUAGCAACAUGGAUGUUGGACUUCCAUUUCGUUCUAGCUGUGCUGAAACACACCAGGUUGACCUGAGAGUGAUCGUGAAAGAAGAAGAUAUAAAAGAUGAUGUAAAACAGGAGGAAUCUGGUCAUCUGAUUGCAUGUCCAGAUGCAGAAGAAAAGUCUACUUACAGUGCAACACUACAGACAACGGUGAAGAAGGAGGAGGAAGAGGAGGAAGUGCGACAGCUUGGCCCGCUGAGCGUGAUGGUGAAAGAAGAAGAUAUAAAAGAGGAGGAGUAUGGUCAUAUGAUUUCAUGUCCAGAUGAAGAUGAAAAGCCCUUUGCAGAGUUUCACUGUGAAUCUCAAACAGACUGUAAAACUGAAACAGACGUCACAGAGUCACCAAGGUCUACUUACAAUGAAAUGACAACAGUGACGAUUGAAGUGAAGAAAGAAGAAGAGCAGGUGGAGGAAGAGGAGCAUGAGCAGCUGGAAAGUGUAUCAGAACACCCCCACAUAAGGCAACAGAAGAUCCAUGGACCGAAUGAUGAACUCAAAGGAAGGCUUUACCACCGCUCAGUCUACAGGAAGAGUUUCACAGCCCUUACUGAACUCGAGAAACAACAGCAAACACACUCUCAUGGUGUUAAUCAAAGGCAGAGUACUGGCAAAAGGCAACAUAAAUAUGCCUUUUGUGGACAAGCUUUUUCAAAAAUGUCACAUCUUAAGGCCCCUUUGUUAAUACACACUAGAGGGAGGCCUCUUAAAUGUGUCAAGUGUGAAAAAACGUUUACACAUCUCUCAACUUUUAAAGCCCACAUGUUCAUACAUGGAGAUAAACCAUAUAAUUGUGUCCAAAGUGGGAAAGCUUUUUCACAAAGUUCAGGUCUACAAUGCCAUAUACUAAUACACACUGGAGGGAAGCCUCAUAAAUGUGUCCAGUGUGGAAAAGCUUUUUCAUCAAGAUCAGAUCUUAAAAGACAUUUACCAAUACACACUGGAGAGAAGCCUCACAAAUGUACCCAGUGUGGAAAAGCUUUUUCACAAAGUUCAUAUCUUAAAACCCAUAUGCUAAUACACACUGGAGGGAAGCCUCAUAAAUGUGCCCAGUGUGGAAAAGCUUUUUCAACAAGAUCAGCUCUUAAAAGACAUUUACCAAUACACACUGGAGAGAAGCCUCACAAAUGUACCCAGUGUGGAAAAACUUUUUCACAAAGUUCAUAUCUUAAAAAACAUUUACGAAUACACACUGGGGAGAAGCCUCAUGAAUGUGCCCAGUGUGGAAAAGGUUUUACAAACCUCUCAUCUCUUAAAAAACACAUUCUUGUACAUACUGCAGAGAAGCCUCAUAUAUGUGUCCAAUGUGGAAAAGGUUUUUCACAAAUUUCAGCUCUUAAAAGCCAUUUGCUAAUACACACUGGAGAGAAGACUCAUGAAUGUGCCCAGUGUGGAAGAGCUUUUAAGCAGCUCUCAAAUCUUAAAACCCACAUGUUAGUACACACUGGAGAGAAGCCUCACAAAUGUACCCAGUGUGGAAAAGCUUAUACACACCUCUCAACUCUUAAACAACACUUGCUCCUACAUACAGCAGAGAACCCUUAUAUAUGUGUCAAAUGUGGAAAAGCUUUUACACAACUCUCAACUCUUAAAAACCAUUUACUAAUACACACUGGAGAGAAGCCUCAUGUAUGUGCCCAAUGUGGAAAAGCUUUUAUACAACUUUCAACUCUUAAAUACCACAUGGCAAGACACACUCAAGACCGUCACAAAUGUACCCAGUGUGGAAAAGGCUUUUUACACAAAUUUACACUUAAAAGACACAUGAAAAUCCACACCGGAGAAAAGCCUUAAUCUGACCACUGUUGAAAACAUAAUUCAGAUAAUUCAAGGCUUAAAAAACAUACUACAGUAAUUCACGUUGGAGAGAAAGUGUGAAAAGGCAUUCAAAUGUUCCUCUUCAAAAUCAUAUGAUGGUGCAAACUUUUAAGAAUUGAAAAAGCCACAGAAAUGUAUGAAAAAGCAUUGAUAGUCCCUCGCAUCUAGAGAGGCAGGUGUAUGUUACCAUGAUGAGUUAAAUAUAAACAUAGUCUAUGAAACGUUUGUUUUUUAUGUCCAGUUUGCACAAGCAGCGACAUAGGCUGUCAUUCUAUGAAAUCAUGCCGCACAUUACAGCAAUAAGCUAAUUUAUGAAGGACGUGUAACAGUCUAUGUAUAGUCAAUAGUUUUUUUUUUGGGGGGAGGGGGGGGGUUCUAAGGAAACUAGAAAGAUCACGACCACUCAUCUAAAACUUUUAGUAAGGGUCUGUAUUCACUCUCCGGUGAACCAGCAUUACCGUUCAUCACAGCUGUUGCUUCAUUAUUAGGCUACCGGGUCUGUGAGUAGGGGCCGCUGGAAGUGAGAGAAAAGGAGCUGUGAUCGCGCAGCAAUUAACUUAUGCAAACAACAUCAUGGCAGUUUUUAAGCUCACCGAUGCCGACCGCAAACCGCUACCAAUCCAGUGGGAAAUCUUCCGAGAUUCUCCACUACUGCAGUUGUGUAGCUAGAGUCUGUUUGCAAUGUGUGGGCAACAAUUUGCGCUGCUUUAUAGAAUGAAAGUAGGCUUCUUCGCUGCUUGUGCAAAGCUGAUCAUACACCACCUGCUGGGGCUGACGACGCUUAAUAAACUGCAUUGUGGAAAUAUAUAGUUUGUGAUUUAGUGCCGUUUAAAUGUAAGCUUAUAGGCCAUUAUGGCUAUUUAAAACAGAUUGUCUGUAUGUCCAGUAUUCUGAAAUAUUAACAUUUUGUCCAGCCAAAAAAAAGUCUUGCGUAACCUGCUUUCAAUGCUAUGUGAAAAAUCAAUAUGUAUCUUGUAUGUAUGUAUGUAUUUUUGUAUGAAAUGUAUGUAAAUGAUCAUGU